AAAACUGAAAAAAUUGUUCGAUUUGUUGUUGUAAAGACUGAUUGCUGAGAGAAUCAAUAAUGGUGAAAGCUGUGAUCGGAGAAGAAACCCAACUCAAAUUGGCCGAAGAUCGCCUCAGCCAAUCCGCUGUCCCCUCUCAGGUGGGUCUUGUAAUAGGGAAGCUUAGUUCGUCGUUGGACCGGGGUUUUGUGUUCGAUUUGAUUCCAACACCUCCAAACGAUGCUGGUGAGCCAGCUUGUUCAAUUUUGGAGAGUGUCAGAGAUGACAAGAGAAAGGGAACGAAAGCAAAAUCUGCUGCCGAAUCUUCAUCGUUGGUCAUCGACAAAGAUUGGGUCGUCGAACACGCUCGUCAGGUCUCGAGAAUGCUAUUAGGUGGCAUGAAGGUGGUCGGCAUCUAUAUAUGGGUCAACGAAAGCACAUUCAAGAAUUCUACCCCAAUACUCUGCCAGGCUGUGAAAGGAGUUGCAGAAGCAGCACCCUUACUCCAGACGGAUGGGGAUGAGAGACUGCUUAUUCACAUUAGUUAUAGUCCAAGGAGAUGGACAUGCCGAAAUUGCACACUGGCUUCAAAUAUUACAUCAAGCAAUCUACACCCUUGUGAUUUCAAAAUGGGACGGGUCUUAAAUUCCCUUCAAAAGUUUAGUUGCACGUACAACUUUGAUAUGAGAUUGCCAAUAUGCAGUGAGAAUGCAUCAAAUAUCAGAAGAUUGGUUGACAUACUUCGCCAUGGAAUCUCAAGUCAUGCUAAAGAGCUUAAAGGUGCAAAGGCUUUAAUUGAUGGAAAGUUGGUGCUUGAGGAUGAACAGUUAUUAGAUGGUUUGCAUGAAGUUGAAUUUCUUCUACCUUUCAUGCAAGAUGCAUCUAUGGAAGCAUGCAGCCAAAAGGAGGUCCUUGGUGUUCUCAUCCUUAGUGGCUCCGUGUGUUCUUUUGCAUAUUUAAAUUCAAAAGAACCAUUUUCACAGGCUUUGGCUGAUAUAAAGGGGGACAUCAUCAUGAGCCUGCAAAGUAGAUUAGCUGUCAUCUGUGAUGAGGCGGAUGGAGAAUCAGAUACUAUUGUUGAUGGUGGCGAGGAAGCAAGCAAUGAGAUAUCAGCUGGGAAACCUAUUCCCCAACUCGACCUGCAAUUGUUGAGUCUUUCAUUUCCUCGUAGAGUCUUUGUUCCUUGGUUGGCGGGUACAUAUAUCUGUGAUUACUUGCAGCCAUCUGAGACACUUGAGGUUUGUAAUCACAACUUAAUGAGCAAAACAUCUUGUCAUCUGCUUUAUAGGAAUGGAACAUUAGAAGCUAAACAUUAUUGCAUGCUGUUCUUGUAGACUUUAUAAAGCUAGUUGAAGGAAUGAAUAGUCCAUUACACUUGAGCAAACAUAUCAUUAGUAAUUUAUUUUUACCAUCAUAUAUGGUAUGCUCAUUGUUCUGUACCUUCUAUCAGCACUAGAAAGUACAUGGCAGAAAUUAAUGGAUAUGUUUCAUGCCUUUUCCACCCCAGAUUACACACUAGUAUUUUGAUUGAUCUCAUUCAACAACGAUCACACUUGUUUAUAAUAGUAAUAAUGACAGUGAUCAUUUAUCAGCCUUUCUGACCACCAUUGGCGUUAAUUGUUGCGACUUCUGUAAAGUUGCAACUUUCCCCUCCUUUUAGAGUUAAAGGUAUUAGAAUUGUAUGGUUACUGUGACCUCACAGAGCUAGCUUUUAACUUUUUAAGUAACCAAAAAAGAAUGUAGUAAUUAAAUCUAUUUUUUCCUCCUGGGCUAGUAAAUUAAAUCUUAUUUUGUAAAAUAUUUGACUUGCCUUUCAGGAUGAAUAAAUUAUAAUUGGACUCCCAUCAUUAAUGUAGUUGUUCUGAGAAUAAUAGCAUUUAUUUUAUCGCUGAUUUUGCAUCUUAUGUGCACCGGGUUCUCAAAGAUCACUGUGUUGAGUUGAUGGCCAUGGAAGCUACGACAGAUGCUUCAACAAUCCUGGAACC